AUGCGCAAUCAAUCUGCGCAGAACAGAAAAGAGAUUUAACCGCCUGGAUUUGUUUACAAUUGUCCAGGACUUCAAGGUUUCAGCAUCGAAUGAUAAGUGAGGAUUAGGAAAUAGGCAUUUCGUGUACUCGUUGCUGCUUCUACCGGUGCUGUUCAGCAAUAAAAAUAUGGGACGAUACCUGAAAACUUUGUUAUUGUCAAAACGACUUCAUUUGAUCAAAUAUGGAUUCCUCUCAAGACAUAUUGCCUCAGCUCCAACUACUAAACUGUUUAUUGAUGGGAAAUUUAUCGAAUCCAAGACUUCAGAUUGGAUUGAUUUGCAUAAUCCUGCAACAAAUGAAGUCGUGACAAGGGUGCCUAAAUCUACCAAAGACGAAAUGGAAUGGGCAGUUGCCAGUGCAAAAGAAACAUUUAAAACUUGGUCCAAUACAUCAAUUCUUACUCGGCAGCAGACUAUGUUCAAGUUGCAGCAUUUAAUAAAAGAAAAUAUGAAUAGAUUAAAAGAAAGCAUUACUUUAGAGCAAGGCAAAACUCUAAUAGAUGCAGAAGGUGAUGUACAUAGAGGAUUGCAGGUUGUGGAACAUGCUUGUGGAAUCACAUCCUUACAGUUAGGAGAAACCUUGCCAUCAAUAUCUCGAGAUAUGGAUACCAUAUCAUAUCGCUUACCUCUUGGAGUGUGUGCUGGUAUUGCACCAUUUAAUUUUCCUGCAAUGAUACCUCUUUGGAUGUUUCCUCUUGCAUUGGUAUGUGGUAAUACUAUGAUUCUCAAACCAUCAGAAAGAGAUCCAGGUGCCACGAUGAUUUUGAUGGAGUUAGCAAAAGAAGCUGGUAUUCCUGACGGAGCUGUUAAUGUUAUUCAUGGUGCACAUGAAGCUGUUACUUUCAUAUGUGACAAUCCAACUAUUAGAGCUAUAUCUUUUGUGGGAUCUGACCGAGCGGGUAAAUAUAUCUAUGAACGAGGCUCCAAGAAUGGCAAACGCGUGCAGUGUAAUAUGGGUGCUAAAAAUCAUGGAGUUAUAGUGCCUGAUGCUAAUAAAGAGCACACUCUAAAUCAGCUUGUAGGUGCAGCAUUCGGAGCAGCAGGUCAGCGUUGUAUGGCCUUAUCGACUGCUGUUUUUGUUGGGGAAUCACAAAAAUGGAUUCCAGAACUUGUAGAGAGGGCAAAGAAGUUGAAAGUUAAUGCUGGGCAUAUCCCAAAUACUGAUCUGGGACCUGUCAUCUCACCAGAAGCCAAAAAGAGGAUUUGCAAUUUAGUUGAAUCGGGAGUAAAGGAGGGUGCCAAAUUGUUGUUGGAUGGAAGAGGCAUUGUAGUUCCAGGUUUUGAAAAAGGAAACUUUGUUGGUCCAACUAUUCUUUCUGAUGUGAAGCCAAGUAUGGAAUGCUACCGAGAAGAGAUCUUUGGCCCUGUUUUAUUAACACUCUCUGCAGAUACCAUUGAUGAUGCUAUUAAUCUUAUUAAUUCUAAUCCAUAUGGAAAUGGGACAGCAGUGUUUACUACAAAUGGAGCUACAGCAAGGAAAUUUAUAGCAGAAAUUGAUGUUGGUCAAGUUGGUGUAAAUGUUCCAAUUCCUGUUCCCCUUCCUAUGUUCUCAUUUACUGGUUCUAGAGGAUCUUUCUUGGGUGAUGCCAAUUUCUAUGGAAAAGCUGGUGUCAAUUUCUACACGCAGCUGAAGACGAUAACCCAGUUGUGGAGAGAACAAGAUGCUACUGAUUCUAAAGCAGCAACGAGCAUGCCAGUCAUGAAGUAAAUAAUAUGAAGUGCCAAUGGAAAUAUCAGUCUUCCAAAUAUGAAUUUGUUGUUGUUAUUAUUAAAAAUUUUAAAUCUUAUUUGUAAAUGGGUUUUUUUUGUUUAAUCCAAAAUAUUUUUAUUUUAAUAAAAUUUUGCAUUUAA